AUGGGCAAAGUCGACACCUCCGUUUCUGGGAAGGAGAUUACUCAAACUUUUGUCACACCCAAAGUGACACGGAGCCGAGAGUGGAGGCUUUUCUUCAGUCUUGCCAUAUGUGCAACGAUCUUCUACUUGCAGUUUUUCACUGAUAUCAGCCCCGAAUCCUAUUCAGUCGACUAUGAUCCCUGGGCAGGCCUGGCAAGUCACUGUGCCGAUGCGCAGCGCAUAAAUGGUUCAGAAUUUCUUCAACGCCAAGAGAACUUGGCGAAGAUAUUGUAUGACAAUGGCGCGUCAGCAUAUGUCGUAGAGCCUGGCGCAAACGCGCAGUACUUUGGCAACAUUUCUGAGGCGUCAUGGCACCUUUCAGAAAGACCAUUACUACUGGUCAUAUUUCCUACACUGAAGGAGGCCAGCAUCGUAGCCAAGAUCACUGUCGUUACACCAGCGUUUGAGGAAACGCGCGCCAGACUUUUGCCAGUGCCUGGAAUUGAUGUUUCGUACAUCUCUUGGGCAGAAGACGAAGACCCGUAUACCGUCGCGCUGGAUGUGCUUUCCACCCUCGAAGGGCCCAUCUACGUUGACGGUAUGAUGAGGUAUUUUAUUGUCGACGGUCUCCAGAAGGCGGCCCCUGGCGUCCGCGUCAUGUCUGCCCCACCCGAAGUCACCCAGCUCAGGGCGCGCAAAUCUCCAGCAGAACUGGACCUUCUGAGAUGUGCGAACGAGGUCACCGUUCUUUGUAUCCGGGCCGUACAAGCUCAGAUGUACAUCGGGAUCCGGGAGUCACAAGUUCUAGCGAUGGUGGAUGAGUCGCUCGCUGUUGCUGGUCUGACGGAAAGAUGGGCAUUAGUACUUUUUGGCGAGAACGCUGCUCUUCCACAUGGAAGCGGGAGCGACCGCGUACUGGGCAAAGCGGAUCUCAUUCUCAUAGAUACUGGUGGCGUGUUGUUCGAAUACAACAGCGAUGUUACACGAACAUUCAUGCUACAUGAUAGCUCCAUUCCACUGGAACACACUACGAUCUGGUAUGAUGUACAUACCGCCCAGACCUUGGCGCACGUAGCUGCUCGGGAGGGUGUGAAUACAUCUGCUGUAGACAAGGUAGCGCGUGAUUGGCUUGACGGGCGCGGGUACCACGGAUACUUCACUCAUAGACUGGGUCACGGAAUUGGACUUGAAGAUCAUGAAGCUCCAUACCUCCGCGGAGGAACCGACGAUAUCAUUCAAACGGGGAACGCCUUCUCAAACGAACCAGGUGUAUACAUUGAAGGCAAGGUCGGUAUUCGCCUCGAAGACUGCUUCUACAUCAACGAAGACGGAAAUCCUGUAUUCCUGACUAAGGGGAUUGGGGGACAAGCGCGGAGCCCGCUUUAUCCUUGA